GCUUCAUCAGAUGGACAUACGGUGACGGGUCUCCUUUCAAAGUCUCCCAACUUUCCAACACAUACAUUUUGGUUUUACUCCUCGAAGAAUAGUUCGUUUCAUCAAGUAUCACAAGAUGUUGGGCUUACUAUCCAGAACGUGGAUUCUACUUAUUUCUCUUGCUCUGAUCGCAACACUCGUUCCAACAGGGCGGUCACCUUUUGCAUAUGCCGAAGAAGAUGAACUAGAUAAUGACGACGAUAUUGCCGACUCCACAGCCGAUGAGGCAAGUGUAGCUGAAGAAGGAAGUAGAACUGAUGAUGAUGAUUCUGACGAUGGAAAACUAAGCGCUUCUCCUGAUGCUGAAACUACUAUUCUUUUUACCAAACCAGCUGGUGCUGCUAGUUCAGAGCUACCCGCUGGUCAAAUUGCCGAGUUCCUUGUCGGUUUCUCCAACAAGGGUAACAGGGACAUGAUCAUCGAGACUGUUGAAGCUGCCUUCCACUAUCCAAUGGAUCACACUUUUGUGAUUCAGAACUUCUCUGCCAUCCAAUACUACAAGCUUGUCAAACCCCAGCAGCAAGCUACUGUGGCUUACUCUUUCAUCCCUGCUGAGCCUUUUGCAGGAAGGCCUUUUGGUCUAUCCAUCAAUCUUGCUUACAGGAACAACGAGGGUCGCGUUUUUAGCGAAGCGGUAUUCAACGAAACCAUUAACAUCGUCGAGGUUGAUGAAGGUUUGGACGGUGAAACUUUCUUCCUAUAUCUGUUCUUGGCCGCCGGCGUAGUGUUGAUGCUUGUUCUCGGCCAACAGGCUCUUGCAUCAAUGGGCAAACGCCGUGGUGGCGGUUCAAGGUUGGAGACCGGAACUGCGCGUAACACUGGUUCCGUUUCUGAUGAUGGGAUUGAUUACGAUUGGCUGCCACAGUCCACUAUCAAAGAACUUAACAAAAGCCCUAAAAAUAGUCCACGACGCAGCCCACGACUGCGAAAAACAAAGGGCGGUUCAAGUUCAGAUUGAUCGGCGAGAAGGAAGAGAAGUAAAAUAUCUCGAAAAAACAACAAAUCCAUACAUUUCCAUGAGGAAAAUAAAGUUGUUACAAAGUG